CAAGAGGCCACUUGGCAUUGGCAAGCAGCCAUAGUUUCAUCCGGUUCUACUCACUAGCUGUGUCCUCGAAGUGAUUCUUCCUUGUUUCCAAAAACCAAUUCAUUACUAGGGUGAAGAAGGUGGCGGCGGUCGUGAUUAUAACAACAAGGAGGUACUUAAGUAUUUCUAAAGCAAAGAACCGGCUCAGAAGAUCAAAUUAGAAUAAAGAAAAAACACAACACAAAAAUGGAGUACCUCGCGGAGCGGUUUCAGGACCAGGGGUACGGAGACCCCGAGAUGCGGCAGCAUUUAAAGACGCCUCCGAUAGUGGACCCAACAAAUCCAGUUUACAGGACGCUGUGGCCACGAGGUACUUCUUCAUACUUAUCAAUGGAUCAUCAGCUGUUUUGUUUUCAUCAUCCGCCCGAGUUUUUGUGCAUGACAGGAGUGUUGGUAGUAAUUGAAAGCACUGGAUGACGAGCGAGUAGAACUGCUCUCCUGUGUCGCCCAUAGUAAAUUGAUGCUGUUACUCGUCGCCAGGUGAGAUCCGCGACCCGAACCUGCCCACAAACCUGGAAUUCCCGAUUGAUCGACGCGAGGCUGCGAAUGAGAAUUUCGACCGAACUAUCCUGAGCAAAAUUGUCCCCACCCCAUAGUCAAGAUGAAUAGUCUGCUAGACAAAUCAGCCAGUCUUGGCUGUUGCGCAUGACAGGUCUGGCCUCGUAGCGUAAGUAAUGCUGUUGAGCUAGUUCAGCAGCGUGAAAGAUCUAGCGCGUCAUGCUGAUUCGAGCAUCGCAAAUCCCAAAACACGAAUAAAAAAUGCUUCUCAUCAUGGGCGGGCUCCGCAUGAGAAACAUUUUCAGCAUGCAGAUUUGCGUGACAACUCUGCUGGGGUGUGGACGUUUUUGCCCAGGAUACGAACCUAUUUUAUCCGACAAACGGACCCCAUCUCACCCGUACCCGCGAUCCCGCUCAGGGACUACCACGACCCGUGGCAGAGUUUGUGUGUGCGGCACUACCCGGAAAAGCCGACCAAGACGUAUCAAUUGCAAAAAUGUCUGGGUCUGGAAGAAUACAAACUUGUGAUGCGCAUUUCAGAACACAGAAAAAUCUCCCAUGCAUAGGCAGCAAAAGCUGCCCACUUUCUGUCACCAAAAUAUGGGAGUUGUCAUGCGGAUUCGGCAUUGCGGAAGCUUCUGGAAACCUGUGAUGCUAGAGCUUCCAUGCCAGACUUUCUGCGUCAUGCAAAAACAGCAUGACGCUUCCAGACCCAGACAUUUUUGCAGUUGAUAAAACGCCCGAGAAAGCGACGAGGGCAGAGAUCAAAGCUGCACAGGUAUGCAUAAACUGCAUCACAAAUUACAUCAACCUCGGCGUGCCGCACGAAACUUGUGAUGCUAAUUCACCCUUUCGGAAGGAGGUUUCUUGUCAUGCACGAUUGGCGUGCGAUUUAUUACCACGAGUCUGUGAAAAAACAUAAACAAACGUACAGGACCUGCAAUCCGUGCGCAUCGAGGACCAGAGGGUUAUGACAGAGCAAAACUUCCCCUCCCCUUCAUUUGUCAUGCAAAAUACUCAGUCCACCCUUUGCCCCUUGGCACUGUUUGCAUGACAAUUUCUGGCAGCCCAAAUAGCACUACACUCCAGUGCAAAUUUGUCAUGCGGACGCGGCACUCUUGCUGAUGCUUGUAUUGCCGUUCAUGCUAUACAAAUGAGGGGGAGGGGGAAUUGUGCACUGUCAUAAGGAUCGACGAGCUUUUCGAAGCGUUGCAGCGCUCCGCUUUGGACACGCUGAGUUACGGUAGCAAAUACACGAGUGGCGAGCAGUUGGACGCGUUACGAGAUGCAAUCGGGGUCUUGAGGAAGGAGCGGAACCCGGAAAUCGAGAAAAUUCUCUGGCGAUACGAAGAUUUACUCACGAAUAUGCAUUGAAAGUAGUGCAUCGUACUGGUAUCUAUGUUAUAGAUAGCUAAAUGAUGCAACUUAUAGUAUAAGUUGCAUCAUUGAAUAGCAAGAAGAAGAAAAGUUGAUGAAUGUUUAAUGCUGAUUUAGGUUGCUGGGAAAGAAAGAUGUUUGUCGUGCAAGACUGGCACUCAGACGAGAAGUACAAUGCUUAUUUUGCAAUGGUGCAUAACGAACGCAGAACUGCAAAAGGUAUGAACUGCAAAAGUAUCGUACUCGUAUAAAUGCAUUACAAAUUUUCUCAGCAUGAGAAAUAUACUUUGUCAUGCUGAUUUACCCUGAGAAAAAUAUUUGUAAUGCAGGACUUGCAUUUAUACGAAUACGAUACUUUUGCACAGGAUAAAAGGCGAUUGUGGUCGAUUUCGACUGGGCGGCGAUGCUGGAGACACUCACACAAAGAGCAGAUGUAUCGGAAGAAAAAAGUCGUGUUACAGUUACACAUUGUGCUGUUGCAGGCCAAGCAAGACAGAAAAGCUCUGUCAUGCCGGAUGUGCAUAGAAACCUCGUUUCAUAGGUGUUUUCCCCUAGGAUUUCUGCAUUUUUACAAGUUUUCUCUCUCAUGCAGAGAAAUCUGUCUUGCUGAAUUCACUACAAAUGUGUAACUGUAACACUUUUUUCGUGGGAUAAGAUGAAUUGGCGAGGGGAAAGAAGGAUCGGAAGGUACUAUAGUGAGUGUGCUAUCGUUUCUUGUAUCAGUCGGUGAUGAUGCUGUGUAGUUUUCAUGCGAUUUCUUGUUUUCGCUAAAUAAUAAAGUCCUCCCAUUACUUUUGCGAAAGUAGUUGACCAUGAUUUUUUUGAACGACACAGCAGGUGCAGGUCGUGCUUAUCAUCUUCAUAUAUGAGAUUCAGAAUUUGUCUUUCUAUUCUCCAUUUCGCGUUUCAAACACAGCUGACCGACCAGACCAUCGCAAUGCUGUGCCUCCGAGUCUGCCAGACCGCAGAGCACGCGCUCACAGCACUGAGGACGGGUACACCGGGGGGGCUGGAAGGUACUGAUACUACUUUGUGUAAGUAACAAAUUGUGCCAUCCUUCGAUGCUGAACUAGAAAUAAUGGAGCAUGCAAGAAGGGGAAGAAAUGUUCUUGUAUACGCAUGCGAUUGUGUAAGAUCGCACACGCAACUGCUGUGUCGCCUCCCCCUGUGGUCACCCACAAAAAGUAACAUCAAUGUAUCGCAACAAGGUAUGCCACCAUCGGAAACGGUUUUUUCGUCGCUCGAGAAGCAAAAAAUCAUGGAGCACAGCAGGAUCAUUCUGGAUCACAUCGACCGCGUCAGCCCCACGGAGGUCGCGCCCCGGGAUCCAAGGAUCGACCUGUACUUGAUCGGGCUACUUGGGUUGAUGAUCGAAAAUUGGGUGGACAGCGAGGAGAAGAAGGAGAAAGGUUGAUUCACUUUGUCAAUAUUUGACUCAUGCGAAAUCUACAUCGAAAUCUCCAAGAACAGAACUUCUCUGGUUUAUUUAUGCAGGACGGGCGGUGGUUGUGAUGACGAUCAUGAUUGUGAUGAUGCUGCACUUCUAUUCUCACGACCAUGAAGAUUCUUAAAACGGUGAAAAAGUGAAUCAGCAAACCACGAUAUUAAAAAUACAUCAGCUCUCGCCGACCAGGCAAACCUGCCUCCGCACCUCGCCACCUCUCCCGGCAGCACAUCUGGUAACAAGCAGAAUAAACACGACGGGAAAUCCACGGCGAGCUCUUCUUCUUCCAGACCAAAAACCACCGCUGCGGACUUGGAAAAGCGAAAAGCGGCGACCUCGACCAAGUACAUGCUGUUUUUUAUCCUGAGUAAAAACGUACCCACACCAGAGUCGGGAUGGGGAUUUUGCAACACAAACCUAGGAGUUUUGUGAGUCACGCAUGACAAGUUUCAGUCCGUAAGGUAGUACAAGUUAGCAAGGAAAGCCGCAUCACAAAUCGAUCUGCUGAUCCUGUUUACAGCAUUACAAGUUCCCAAACUACACGAUUGAAAAUGCCUGUCAUGGGGUUGCGCAUCACAAAUGUUCCUGUCAUGGCAAAUCUGCAUGACAGCUCUGGUGUGGGUACGUUUUUACUCAGGAUAUUUUUGAUGGAUCUCCUCGAGACACGAGCGGAACAGUAUCAAGUGCAAAUAUGUCUGGGUGGUCUGGAAACCUGUGAUGCAUGUCAGUGAACAGGAAGCGCACUGUAAUGCAACGCCAAGCAUGACAGAUUUUCUCGUGGCUCUGUCUUGCGUAUUCCGCAUGAGAAACAUCGUUUUUGCAUGACAGACAAGAGGAGGUCUUCCGAUGGCCCUACGCAAUACAGAGUUCAGAGUCACGCCAAACUAGCAUGAGAAAUCUCGCAAUCUCCCAGACCUAGACAUAUUUGCACUGCAUAAACAGCAGGAACACCUGUAUGAACUGCAAAAGUAUCGUACUCGUAGAAAUGCAUUACAAAUUUCCUCAGCAUGAGAAAUAAAAUUUGUAAUGCUGAUUUAACUUGAGAAAAAGAUUUGUAAUGCAUGAUUGCAAUACGAAUACGAUACUUUGCACGGGAUAACCUGACGGUGUUCGCGAUUUUGAAGGUGUUGCGGUUUCUGACGAAACGGAAGGAACCCUGCGUGCGAUUGGUGAACAAGGGCAGGUUGGCGUGGCGAAUCACCGCGUUGAGGGAUAGGUACAAGGAAGCGCCGCCGGAGCUCGGGAAGGCCAACUACGACGCAGUAAAGAUCGAAAAGAAAGCGGUGAAAGUCCCGAACUACAUGCUACCGGAAGCAAUAAGGCACCUGCCGGGCGGGAAACCGGUAGUUUUUGUUGUGUUGUUGUCUUCGAUAUAGGGGUUUGUUAUGUUUUUAUGCGAUGUCAAUGUUCUAGUAUCAAUUGCAUUACAAAUUUCUCAGCAUGAGAAAUGGAAUUUGUAAUGCUGAUUGACGUUAGGAAAAAGAUUUGUAAAUGCAUAACUGAUAACACUCGCACUUGCUACAAAACCAGGUAUCCACCUCCCCCCUCGAUUCCGUCCGACCACCGGGAGAGACCAGCGAGCAGAAACCGAAAAAGGAGAAGAAAUCGCUAAAAACUGCCCAAGUGGACAUGCGGGACCACGCGGAGCUGAAUAAACGGACGGUGUCCUGUAUGGGAUUGUCAAUUGUUAAAUGCUCAACUGUUACAUGAAUUUGUGCUGCAAGAAUGGCAACAGGGAAAGGCCGGACUUCUUGCAACUCUUGCAUUACAAAUUCGGCACAGAUGAUUCCCAUGCUGUUUAGCCCUUCCUAAAUUUGUCAUGCGAAGUAGCUUCACCGCGUGGGCGUUAGUGCCCAUUUUGCAUGACAAAACAUGUAACAGUGGCGAAUGUAACAUUUGAGAACGCCAUAUCCUGGAGCUUCGCCCGGAAACUCGACCCGGUCACCGUGCCACCCGCGUACUUGGCGGAUGUGGACUCCUUACGGUUCUACCUGGUUGAGAUCGAGCGGCACAUGCGCCUAUGCAUUGGAAAUAUGUCUGGGUCCGGAAGGAUGCAAACUUGUGAUGCGAAUUCUACAUCAUGCCAAAAUCUGUCAUGUAUGGCCAGCAAAAGUCGCCCAUUUCUUGGCACCGACGCAGGGUAUCUGUCAUGCAGAUUAAGCAUUGGGAUACCCGCUCAAAACCUGUGAUGUUAGGGCUUGCAUGCUAGACCAACACGCUCACGUAAAAUCUGCAUGACAAACUCCUGCACUCAUCCAGACCCAGACAUUUUUGCAUUUGAUAGUGCCAGCACCUCUACGAACCGCCCACCUUUCCCUUGUACAAUUGAGCUUAUUUCAUAUACUUCUAAGUACUGUGUCGUAGCGAUUCGCUUUUUGACACCAGGAAGAUAUAAAGAGUUUCAAGAAAUUAUACCGUAACUACAACUUAUAAAAAUAUUCCAACUUUGACAUUGACACUAAAAGCAAAUCGUGAAGUAGAACAGGGUUAGCAACGACCCGUGCCCGACUUCGUCCAACCUUUAAUAAACCUUUUUCGUGAAUAUAGACACAAAAACUAAAUGCAGCCAACCUCUACUUCAGAGAGGCUGAGGCUUGCGUGAAUCCAAAACUUGCGUAGUAAAAUUCUGACACUGAUGAAGCGUAUUUUUGCGGAAAUACAGCUUGUAGCUUGUUUAUAGAUUGCAAAUUGGACCAUGUUGGUCCACUGGUAGUUUUGAGAAAGUUGACUUGAGUAUCGGUAGAUAUUGUUGGCAGAGAUACAAUAUGUGACUGGUUUUUACUAUCACCUCGUUUCUUUAUAAAUUAGAUUGUUGGCAACGACCUCUGAAAAUGAACUUGUAUGAAACCCCAUUGAACAAAAGGAAAAUUGAUGUACACAACGAGGUCUUUCGGUCUACAACCUGCUGCUGUACACGAAACGGACCACCUUUUGUGCUUUGAGAAUCUAUUUGUAAACCAGUUUCUGUUUCAAGUUCAACCACGACCACUGUAUCUAAGCAGACAAGCGGAAGCGCCUCCAACCAACGCAGAGCAGGCCCCUCUGGUACUCCUUCGUAUCCGAAGUGUUAUAGUUCACCUUCAUCUGUCGUCCUGUGAACUCUUCAGAAACUGAUUGAGUAGAGGCUCAUCCCUGCGAUAGAAGAAAAAAUGUUUUUUCCAUUGGGUGAAAUGAGAGUCAGACUGCCUGUCCACGUAUUAAGCGGUAAAAAACAUCGAGUUGUGAUGUGGGAGCGUGCAGGCUGUGUAGUGCACAGCAGAAUAGUAUAUCAUACCCAGCGACAUCAUUUAAAAUUUCAUCAUCUCCCCAAAAACUUAAACUAGUUGUUUCGAACUGCGCUUCCAUCAAUUGGAAGCGAGUUCAUAUUGCCAC